AUAAUAAAUAUAAUAUAAUACUCAAAUGAUGUAUUGUUAAUGAAUUAAAAAUUCAUCAUCCUCCAAUCUUGUUGCAUUGUUGACAUUUGUAUUCUCAUUAUGAUAUGAUAUGAUAUUCUUAUACUUGAUUGCAACUCUCCGGUAACCCUAACCACGACACCUCUGCCACCAUGGACCACCACCACUACCACCAGCAAUUCCUAAAUUCCCGUAGCAGCUAACCUAACCUGUUCCUUUCACCAUUCCAUUCUACGCAACUCAACCGCCACCAAUUUAUCUCCCAAAAUCCCCAAAUCAAAUGCAUAAUCCUCCACCACCAUCUCCUCCGCCUUUCACCAUGGACUCAAUCGAUGACUCCUCCACUUCAAUUUGGGACUGGAGUCAGUUUCUCGAUUUCAACGUCGACGAUCAUCUCCCCUUUCCUACCGAUCUAUCUCCGCUAAUCUCAACAUCUCCGGAUCUCUAUCCGAUCGAUGAUCAACCGCUACAACCACUAACCGAUUCGUUUCCGGUCAUAUCGACUUCGAACACGAACGCUAGGGUUCGAAAACGGGAUCCGAGAAUGGCGUGCCCUAAUUUUUUGGCGGGAAGGGUACCUUGUGCGUGUCCUGAGCUUGAUGCACAGCUGGCGGCGGAGGAGGAGGAGGAGGCGGCGAGUAAGAAGAAGAAGAGGGCGGUUACGGUUAGGAAGUCGAGUGGUGGUUCCAGGUGUCAGGUUUCGGGUUGUGAGACGGAUAUUAGUGAGCUGAAAGGGUAUCAUAAACGGCAUCGGGUUUGUCUUCGGUGUGCUUAUGCGGGUAGUGUGGUGAUUGAUGGGGAGAGUAAGAGGUAUUGUCAGCAGUGUGGGAAGUUUCAUGUGCUGUCAGAUUUUGACGAAGGUAAACGUAGCUGCAGAAGAAAAUUAGAACGGCAUAAUAACAGGCGUAGAAGAAAAUCCACAGAUUCCAAGGCAUCUGGACCACAUUUAACAGCAGUUUAUGAUGAUGAAGCUGGAAAAGGUGGGAAAUCCACAAGUGGUGAAACUGCUGCAGGUGAGAAAUCAUCCUUAGCAGGCGGAGACCAUAAUUCGCUUGCCAUUAUUGCCCAAAACAUCCAGAGUGAUAGCAUUCCGUCUUUAGCUGCAUCUGGUGAAACUCAAACUGAUGAAGAGAAAGAAAAAACUACUCAUUCUCCGUCUUAUGGUGAUGACAAGACUGAUUUCUCAUCUAUGUGCACAACUGGUCGGAUCUCAUUUAAGCUUUAUGAUUGGAAUCCAGCAGAGUUCCCUCGUAGACUCCGACAUCAAAUAUUUCAAUGGUUGGCCAGCAUGCCUGUGGAGCUGGAAGGAUAUGUUCGUCCCGGAUGCACAAUCUUGACCAUUUUUAUUGCAAUGCCAAGGUUUAUGUGGUUGAAGUUGGAUGAAGAUCCAGUUGUAUGCAUACAUGACCUCCUGGCAUCACCAAGAAGCUUGCUAUCUGGACGAGACACAUUUUUUGUUAAUCUAAACAACACUAUCUAUAGUGUCAUGAAAGGUGGAAAAUCCGUGAUAGAGAUUAAAGUGGGGGGCAAAUCCCCAAGGCUUCAUUAUGUUCAACCUACAUGUUUUGAAGCAGGCAAACCCAUAGAGUUUCUCGCAUGUGGAAGUAAUUUGCUUCAGCCUAGGCUUAGGUUUUUAGUGUCAUUUGCUGGUAAGUAUAUGACAAAUGAUGUGCGCGUUUCACCAUCGUGCAACACCUCUUCAACAAACUUGGAUCAUCAGCUUCUGAAUAUACGUGUCCCUCAUUCUGAAAUGGAUGUUUUUGGCCCUGCUUUUAUUGAGGUCGAGAAUGAAUCUGGACUGUCCAAUUUUAUUCCAAUUCUUAUUGCGGACAAAGAAAUAUGUUCUGAGAUUAAAAUAAUGCAGACAAAAUAUUAUUCAACUCUCCGUUCAAACGACUCAGAAUCUAGUUCUUGUGAGGUUGCUGUUAACAAGUUCUCUGAAGUGCUUGUAGAUAUGGCAUGGUUACUCAAACAGCCAAUCGUACAAGAUAUGGAGCGUGCCACCAUGUCAUCACAGCUCCAAAGAUUCAAUUUUUUACUUAAUUUUCUAAUUGAAUACGAGUCCACCACAGUUUUGAAGAGAGUGUUAGAUUCGCUGAAGAUGAGAAUCAUAGAAAAUGGUGAUAUUGUUGAAACUGAUAGAACAUUGCUUCAGGGGACUGUGAAUCGUGCUACUGAAGUGUUGAAUCAACGAUUGGAGAAAACAGUAAACCAUGGGCUGCAUCCAAGUGAUAUCUUGCUAAAUAAUGAUGAUGAUCCCUUCAUCUCAACCGUUAAUCAGGUUCAUGAAGAAAGUGAAAAGGUUGGACUCUUAAAUGCUGACUGUGUUAUGAAUGUUACACCCUAUAAGGAACAACCAAAGAAACCCUCAAACCGCAUGUUUAACUAUAAAACCACCAGAUUUUUUACGCUCCGCCUUCUCAUUCUUGCAGUUGCUUCGGUCACUGUAUGUUUUGGUAUUUGUGCAGUUGUUUUCCACCCUCACAAAGCUGCUGCAAUUGCUAUAAAUAUUCACAGGUGCUUAUUUGAUGAUAACUAGUCUUUCAUUUAUAGAUCUUUGACUUGUACAAGCUAAAGUUUGUAAAUUGGCUGUUGUAUGUUAGAUUAACGACAGAAUCGAGUUAGUGGAAAUUGUUUGGCUUGUAUAUUUUUGUUGAAAUUCGUUCAUCGUUUGUUGCUGGUUU